GGUGGGAGUACGUCGAUGAUAGUCCCAGUGUGGAUCUCAACACUUAGUGCUCCGGACACUGAAACCCUAGUGUAUGCACUAUUGGACACUCAAAGCAGUCACACAUUUGUUGAUCAGGAGGUGUGCGAAAAGCUAAAAGCAGCAAUGGAACCAGUGAAACUUAAACUUUCCACCAUGAUGGGGAGAGACUCAGUCGUGAAGAGUCAAAGAGUAUGCAAGCUCAAAGUUAGAGGAUUUUCCUCUAACGUUUCCAUCAAUUUGCCUCCAGCCUACACAAGGGACUUCAUUCCUCUUGACCGUGCACAUAUUCCCACUUGUCAGACAGCCAACAAAUGGAAACACCUUGUAAGCAUGGCCCAAGAGAUACCCCCGUUGAUGGACUGUGGUGUUGGAUUGUUGAUUGGAUAUGACUGCUCCAGAGCGUUAAUUCCAAGAAGGGUCAUCACUGGGGGCGACUAUGAGCCUUAUGCUAUUGAGACGGACCUUGGUUGGAGCAUUGUGGGAAGCGCACCACAGCGUGUGCAAGCUAAAGAUGUGACUGGUUUUUGCCAUCGAGUGUCUGUCAGAGAGAUGCCACCCAUAACGCCAUUUGCUGUCAUCAAGGCCCUAGAGUCCGAUUUUGCAGACACAAAAUCUGGUGACAGAAGCAUAUCUCAAGAAGAUAUAUGCUUCCUGCAGAUCUUGAAAGAGAGGAUCCAACAAAAUAAGGAGGGUCACCUGGAGAUGCCUCUCCCUUUCAAAGCACGUCCACAUCUCCCAGACAACAAAAGGCUGGCAUUAGUACGGUUGAAGCAUCUAAAGAGGAAGCUGGACAGAGAUCCCAAAUUCAAAAUAGACUACGUGAGAUUUAUGGAAGGUGUCUUCAAGGAUGGAGAUGCAGAGAAAGUGGAAAACCAAGCAGAGCUGGGGAAAGUGUGGUAUAUCCCACAUCAAGGAGUUUACCACCCCAGAAAACCAGGCAAAAUCAGAGUGGUUUUCGACUGCUCUGCAAGGUAUGAAGGCACCUCCUUAAACGACCAUCUGCUAACAGGACCUGACCUCACAAAUAGCCUAACAGCUGUGCUGUGCCGCUUCCGUAAAUAUCCCAUCGCAGUCAUGUGUGAUGUGGAGAAAAUGUUCCACAGGUUUCAUGUGAGCAAGGAUGAUAGAGACUACCUGCGAUUUCUCUGGUGGGAAAAUGGAGACACAAACUCAGAACCCAGAGAGUACCGCAUGAAGGUUCACCUGUUUGGAGCAUCAUCCUCCCCUGGCUGUGCCAAUUAUGGCAUGAAACACCUUGCCAGCCAAUGUGAGAAAGAGUACCCCUCCGCAGCUAGCUUCAUCCAGAAACAUUUCUAUGUCGACGAUGGUCUCAUAAGUGUAAAGUCGGUGGGUGAGGCAAUUGAACUGGUCAAAGAUGCCCAAGCUGUGUGUGCCAAAGGAAAGCUGCACCUUCACAAAUUUCUCUCCAACAGUCGAGAGGUCCUUGACUCAGUGGAGGUUGCAGCGCGUGCUACGGAGGUGAAGAAUGUUGAUCUUAAUCACAAUGAUUUGCCAGUUCAAAGAGUACUAGGUAUAAGGUGGAACAUUGAAAAUGAUAGCUUCUCCUUCAAGGUGUCACUUGAGGAGAAACUGGCAACGCGCCGAGGGAUCCUCUCAAUUGUGGCCUCCUUGUAUGACCCUUUGGGGUUUCUAGCCCCAGUCAUUCUUGAAGGGAAAAGAGUGCUGCAAGAGAUGUGUCAGAGAGGCACAGGGUGGGAUGAGCCACUACCCAAAGACUUGAAGUUAAGGUGGGAGACUUGGAUGAAGGAUUUGGAGAACCUGGAAAGAAUUGAAAUUCAAAGAUGCUUCAUACCUGACAGCCUUGGUGAGAUUCAGAGAGCCGAGCUUCAUCAUUUCUCUGAUGCAAGCAGUCAAGGGUAUGGCCAGUGCUCUUACAUCAGAGUAGUAAGCAGAGAAAGGGUAUGCUGCUCCUUGGUCAUGGGCAAGGCGAGGGUUGCACCAACCAAAAUAGUCACCAUACCGAGGCUAGAAUUAACUGCAGCAGUAACCUCGGCAUCUGUGAGCAGCAUAUUAAGGGAGGAGCUAGAGCUCAAGAUUGAUGACGAAUAUUUUUGGACAGACUCAAAGGUCGUGCUUGGUUACAUCAAUAAUGAAGCAAGAAGGUUCCAUGUGUUCGUGGCAAAUCGUGUUCAGAAAAUUCGAGAAAACACAGAUGCACGGAAAUGUUAUUAUGUGGACACAGGAGAAAACCCUGCUGAUCAUGCAUCGAGAGGCCUCAAAGUAGCUGACCUCAUCAAGUCAAAUUGGUUCUCUGGCCCAGGCUUUCUAUGGGAAAGAGAGAUAGCCACCAAACAGGCUACUUCAGAUUUGCUGGUGGGAGACCCAGAGGUGAGGACUACUCAGGUGUUGAAGGUUGAGGCAGCAAGACAGUUUGACAUCCAGAAGCAUCUGCUGCGGUUCUCAAGAUGGGCUACAGCUGUCAACGUCAUUGCUCGUAUCCAGCGGCUGGCAAAGAGGAUCAGGACCGCUGAACCUUUAAACGUGGAAGAGAGAAAACAAGCUGCACAGACUCUUGUCAAGCUUGCACAACAAGAUGCCUUUCAAGAGGAGUUAAACACACUCAGCCAGAAACUAGGAAGGCUGCCUUGCAACCACCCACUCUUUCAGCUUGACCCAUUCCUCCAAGAUGGCAUAAUGAGAGUAGGAGGAAGAUUAAGGAAGGCAUCUGUGCCUCUCGAGUUAAGACACCCUGUGAUCCUUCCUAAAGAUGGUGCUGUUACAAACCUCAUCAUCGCACACCAUCAUACCAAGAUACAACACCAAGGCAGAGGACAAACCCUCAAUGCACUCAGAGUCAAUGGUUACUGGAUCGCUGGUGGAAGUAAGGCUGUGGCCCAAUACAUCAGGCAGUGCGUACAGUGUAGGAAAGCCCGCGCGCCACCAGAGGAGCAACGAAUGGCAGAUCUACCUAGUGACCGUGUUGAUCCCACACCACCAUUCACUUAUUGUGGUAUGGACUGCUUUGGUCCUUUUCACACCAAACAGGGUCGCAAAGAUCAAAAACGGUACGGCCUCCUCUUCACAUGUUUUUGCUCAAGGGCAGUGCAUAUAGAGAUGCUGGAGGAUUUGACGACUGACGCAUUCAUCAAUGCUUUGCGCUGCUUCAUUGCCCUUCGUGGAGCUGUUAGACACAUUAGGUCUGAUCAGGGAACUAAUUUUAUGGGGGCAAGAAACGAGAUGGCAAAGGCUCUGAAAGAACUUGAUAAGGAAAGAGUGACUGCAUACCUGGCAGAAAAACAGUGUGACUUCCAGAUGAAUACGCCCCACUCUAGUCAUGCUGGAGGCGCAUGGGAGCGCCAAAUCCGGACAGUGAGAAGCGUACUGAGCACGGUCCUUGCCUGCAGUGUGGGAAGGCUGGAUGAUGCCUCAUUAAGGACAUUCCUUUAUGAAGCUAUGUGCAUCGUGAAUAACCGCCCACUCACUGUUGAUAACAUCAACGACCCCAAAAGCUUGGAGCCACUCACACCGAACCACUUGAUCACCAUGAAAUCCUCAAUCCCACUUCCACCUCCAGGUAAAUUUGUCAAGGAGGACCUGUAUGCUAAGAAACGGUGGAGAAGGGUCCAAUAUCUGACUGAGCAAUUUUGGCACAGAUGGAGAAAGGAAUACCUGGCCAAUAUUGCUCUGAGACAGCGAUGGCAUACACCAAGACGUAAUGUGGAGGUGGGUGACAUUGUGAUUCUCAAAGAAGAAGAUGUUCCUCGCAAUGAAUGGAAACUCGCUAGGGUUGUGGAAGCACAUGAGGAUGAUGAUGGACUUGUACGGAAGGUGACAAUCCAGACUGGUGAUAGGAAAUUAGGAAAGAGAGGCGAACGCCUCGUCCAACCAUCCAUGAUUCAAAGACCCAUUCAGAAAUUAGUGGUCCUGGUAGAAAAUGAGAAAAAUAUGUCAUUCAUUGAUUAGAUUUCCCUUCUAAAAUACAAGUUGUCAUUAUGCUGUACUUCAUGCACAUGUUGUGGAGAUGUAAAUUCUGUUCAUACUGUUGAAUUAAUUGUUUGAGAAAAGAAUAUUGUUUAUGUCAAUGCAAGAGUGUUUUAACAUAACAACAUGGUGCUUGGGAAUUACCAUUGAUUUAAUGAACAAUACAAGUGUAUUCACAUUCGCAAUUGUAAUAAUCAAAGGUAAUUGGUGGGAGUGUAACUGACGUUGGAAUGUUUGUGUUGGUUGCCAUGACAACACCAGCAGCGCAUCGGAGAUCGGUACGUUGUCUCUGUUUUGUUUUCUUUAUUUGGUACUCAUAUUGUGUAUCUGUGCAGUGGAGUUAUACGUCUUUCUUAUAAGAAAUGUUUCUGUUGAGAUUGUUGUGAGGUAGUCGCUUCCUGUGAGUCGCGGGAGAGACGACACGGUGCGGUAACACGGCGGACUUUUGGAACAUACAUCUUUUCUACUGCUGGGUUUUACAAGGCGUACACGUUUUCACGGUGCUCCAUGAUUGUCAGAGAGAAAUAAAAUAAUUGUGGACAUCAGUACGAAGCGUGGAUUCUUUCGACCCG